AUGGCAUCCGGUCAACCAGCCGACCCUACGCCUGAGGUGGACCACCAACUCCUACAAAAAGCGAAAAGCCCCCUCUCAUCCCGAGUCUGGCGCUCGGGAUACGUUCUAUGGCUUGUGCUUUUCUACGCGACACAGGUACUAUUCGUAUGGAUCAUGAUUUGCUUCCUGAGCUACCAUCCUGUGACUACUCCUCAUUAUGGCUACUGGGUGUCUGACAAGAAAUCAGACUUCAGCUACGAUAAGGGAGAUGGUCUUUCUUACCGCAAUGAUGAGAGGCAUGUGAACCUACAUUUGAACCUCAUCAGCUCACACUAUUACAUUAUCUAUCCGCCUCAUAAUAAGUGGUUGUAG